AUGUCCUAUAGUGCGGAGGUUUCAGAAACUAUAAAGUGCUAAGUCCUAGACAAAGGUACUUGUUUGUGUAUGGCAAGAUAGUGAUAGUUUGCACUGAACAAUAUUCAAGUUCUACAUUCUUUUUACCAAGAUCGUAGCGCUGAUACACAGUUUUGUGUAUGCCUAUGCCUUUUAAUUUCUUUAAACUAUAGUUUGGAAAAUAUACAAUGCAAUGUAUGGUUAUUUUCUGGUGUCGAAUGCUGUUGUUGUUUAUGAUUACUGCAUGUGUCCUAUCCAACACCACUCCUCUCGGACAGUAUACAGGGCAAACCACAAGAGCUGCAGUACCAAGAACUACAUUACGACCGAAAACCACGUAUCCAACGACAACUCGUUCGAGGACGACUCCUCCUUCGGAUACUACCACUUUGUUUAAAGGUACAACGUCUUAUGCAGGGCAAACAACAACUUUUGAAAUACCAAAAACUACAUUACGGCCGACAACAACGCAUUCAAGGACAACUCUUUCGAGGACGACUCCUCUUUCGACAAGUACCCCUCUAAUUAGACGUACAACGUAUUUUCCAGGUAAAAGUGUUGUUGUCACAUUUUCAAUUACAAAUGUUGACGGUUCAGAAGCAGUUUUAACAGCCGAAUUGCUAGAUCCAAGCUCGGACGAAUUUAAGAGUUUAGAGCAAGAAAUUUGCACCUCGCUGAUUGAUCUAUACGGUAACGAUGAAGUUGCAGCUUGUUCAGUGUUGAGCUUUAGCGCAGGUAGCAUAGUUGCUAAUGCGCAACUCGAGCAGGCAACUGGGAGUACGACAUCUGAUGAGGAACUGCAAACGGAUCUCGUGACUGCAAUUGACAAUGCCGGAGGAAUGUUACCUGGAAGUACAUUAAAAGUUAAUUCGUCGUCGGUUUCUGUUCAAGGGCAAUCGACAACUGAGGCUGUACCAAAAACUACAUUACGACCGACAACCACGUAUCCAACGACAACUCGUUUGGGAACGACGACUCCUGCAACUACACCUUUCAUUGGACGUACAACGUCUUUUGCAGGGCAAACAACAACUGUCGCUGUACCAAGAACCACUUUACGACCGACAACCACGUAUCCAACGACAACUAGUUCGAGGACUACUCAUCCUCCAGCAACUACCACUUUGUUUAGACGUACGACGUCUUCUGCAAGGCAAACGACAACUGUCGCUGUACCGAGAACUACAUUACGACCGAUAACCACGUAUCCAACGACAACUCGUUUGGGAACGACGACUCUUGCAACUACCCCUUUCAUUGGACGUACAACGUUUUUAGCAGGGCAAACACCAACUGUCGCUGUACCAAGAACUACAUUACGACCGACAACCAAGUAUCCAACGACAACUCGUUUGGGAACGACGACUCCUGCAACUACCCCUUUUAUUGGACGUACAACGUCUUUUGCAGGGCAAACAACAACUGUCGCUGUACCAAGAACCACUUUACGACCGACUACCACGUAUCCAACGACAACUCGUUUGGAAACGAAUACUCAUCCACCAACUACCCCUCUAAUUAGACGUACAACAUCUUCUUCUGGGCAAACCACAAGUGCUGCAGUACCAAGAACUACAUUACGACGGACAACCACGUAUCCAACGACAACUCGUUUGGGAAUGACGACUCCUGCAAGUACCCCUUUCAUUGGACAUACAACGUCUUUUGCAGGGCAAACACCAACUGUCGCUGUACCAAGAACCACUUUACGACCGACUACCACGUAUCCAACGACAACUCGUUUGGGAACGAAUACUCAUCCGCCAACUACCCCUCUAAUUAGACGUACAACAUUUUCUUCUGGGCAAACAACAAGAGCUGCAGUACCAAGAACUACAUUACGACCGACAACCACGUAUCCAACGACAAUUCGGUUGGGAACGACGACUCCUGCAACUACCCCUUUUAUUGGACAUACAACGUCUUUUGCAGGGCAAACAACAACUGUCGCUGUACCAAGAACCACUUUACGACCGACUACCAUGUAUCCAACGACAAGUCGUUUGGGAAUGACGACUCCUGCAACUACCCCUUUCAUUGGACGUACAACGUCUUUUGCAGGGCAAACAACAACUGUCGCUGUACCAAGACCCACUUUACGACCGACUACCACGUAUCCAACGACAACUCGUUUGGAAACGAAUACUCAUCCACCAACUACCCCUCUAAUUAGACGUACAACAUCUCCUUCUGGGCAAACCACAGGUGCUGCAGUACCAAGAACUACAUUACGACCGACAACCACGUAUCCAACGACAACUCGUUUGGGAAUGACGACUCCUGCAACUACCCCUUUCAUUGGACAUACAACGUCUUUUGCAGGGCAAACACCAACUGUCGCUGUACCAAGAACCACUUUUCGACCGACUACCACGUAUCCAACGACAACUCGUUUGGGAACGGAUACUCAUCCGCCAACUACCCCUCUAAUUAGACAUACAACAUCUUUUUCUGGGCAAACCACAAAUGCUGCAGCACCGAGAACUACAUUACGACCGACAACCACGUAUCCAACGACAACUCGUUCGAGGACGAAUCCUCCUUCGGAUACUACCACUUUGUUUAAAGGUACAACGUCUUAUGCAGGGCAAACAACAACUGUUGCAAUACCAAAAACUACAUUACGACCGACAACCACGCAUUUAAGGACAACUCUUUUGAGGCCGACUCCUCUUUCGACAAGUACCCCUCUAAUUAGACGUACAACGUAUUUUCCAGGUAAAAGUGUUGUUGUCACAUUUUCAAUUACAAAUGUUGACGGUUCAGAAGCAGUUUUAACAGCCGAAUUGCUAGAUCCAAGCUCGGACGAAUUUAAGAGUUUAGAGCAAGAAAUUUGCACCUCGCUGAUUGAUCUAUAUGGUAGCGAUGAAGUUGCAGCUUGUUCAGUGUUGAGCUUUAGCGCAGGUAGCAUCGUUGCUAAUGCGCAACUCGAACAGGCAACUGGGAGUACGACAUCUGAUGAGGAACUGCAAACGGAUCUCGUGACUGCAAUUGACAAUGCCGGAGGAAUGUUACCUGGAAGUACAUUAAACGUUAAUUCGUCGUCGGUUUCUGUUCAAGGGCAAUCGACAACUGAGGCUGUACCAAGAACUACAUUACGACCGACAACCACGUAUCCAACGACAACUCGUUUGGGAACGACGACUCCUGCAACUACCCCUUUCAUUGGACGUACAACGUCUUUUGCAGGGCACACAACAACUACUGCAAUACCAAGAACUACAUUGCGACCAAAAACCACGUAUCCAACGACAACUAGUUCGAAGACUACUCAUCCUUUCGCAACUACCACUUUGUUUAGACGUACGACGUCUUCUGCAAGACAAACAACAACUGUCGCUGUACCAAGAACCACUUUACGACCGACUACCACGUAUCCAACGACAACCCGUUUGGGAACGAAUACUCAUCCACCAACUACCCCUCUAAUUAAACGUACAACAUCUUCUUCUGGGCAAACCACAAGUGCUGCAGUACCAAGAACUACAUUACGACCGACAACCACGUAUCCAACGACAACUCGUUUGGGAACGACGACUUCUGCAACUACCCCUUUCAUUGCACGUACAACGUCUUUUGUAGGGCAAACAGCAACUGUCGCUGUACCAAGAAGCACUUUAUUACCGACUACCACGUAUCCAACGACAACUCGUUUGGAAACGAAUACUCAUCCACCAACUACCCCUCUAAUUAAACGUACAACAGCUUCUGGGCAAACCACAAGUGCUGCAGUACCAAGAACUACAUUACGACCGACAACCACGUAUCCAACGACAACUAGUUCGAGGACUACUCAUCCUCCCGCAACUACCACUUUGUUUAGACGUACGAUGUCUUCUGCAAGGCAAACAACAACUGUCGCUGUACCAAGAACCACUUUACGACCGACAACCACGUAUCCCACGACAACGAGUUCGAGGACUACUCAUCCUCCCGCAACUACCACUUUGUUUAGACGUACGACGUCUUCUGCAAGGCAAACAACAACUGUCGCUGUACCAAGAACCACUGUACGACCGACUACCACGUAUCCAACGACAACUCGUUUGGGAACGAAUACUCAUCCGCCAACUACCCCUCUAAUUAAACGUACAACAUCUUCUUCUGGGCAAACCACAAGUGCUGCAGUACCAAGAAAUACAUUACGACCGACAACAAGGUAUCCAACGACAACUCGUUUGGGAACGACGACUCCUGCAACUACCCCUUUCAUUGGACGUACAACGUCUUUUGCAGGGCAAACAACAACUGUCGCUGUACCAAGAACCACUUUACGACCGACUACCACGUAUCCAACGACAACUCGUUUGGAAACGAAUACUCAUCCGCCAACUACCCCUCUAAUUAGACGUACAACAACAUCUUCUGGGCAAACCACAAGUGCUGCAGUACCAAGAACUACAUUACGACCGACAACAACGUAUCCAACGACAACUAGUUCGAGGACUACUCAUCCUCCUGCAACUACCACUUUGUUUAGACGUACGAUGUCUUCUGCAAGGCAAACAACAACUGUCGCUGUACCAAGAACAACUUUACGACCGACUACCACGUAUCCAACGACAACUCGUUUGGGAACGAAUACUCAUCCGCCAACUACCCCUCUAAUUAAACGUACAACAUCUUCUUCUGGGCAAACCACAAGUGCUGCAGUACCAAGAACUACAUUACGACCACCGACAACCACUUAUCCAACGACAAAUCGUUCGACUCCUCAUGUGACUACCCCUAUAAUUAGACGUACAACAUAUUCUGCAGGUGAAACUGUUGUUGUCACAUUUUCAAUUACAAAUGUUAACGGUUCAGAAGCAGUUUUAACCGCCGAACUGCUAGACCCAGGUUCAGACGAAUUUAAGAGUUUAGAGCAAGCAAUUUGCAAGUCGCUGAUUGAUCUAUAUGGAAGCGAUGAAGUGGCAGGUUGUUCAGUGUUGAGCUUCAGCGCAGGUAGCAUCGUUGCUAAUGCGCAACUCGAGCAGAGACUUGGGAGUACGACAUCUGGUGAGCAAUUGCAAACGGAUCUUGUGACUGCAGUUGACAAUGCCGGAGGAAUGUUACCUGGAAGUGCACUGAGUGUUGAUUCGUCAUCGGUUUCUGUUCAAGGAAUUGUUAUAUUCUGUCCAUCAAAUAUCAUUAAAACUUCCGGGACUAAUUUGAAUUACGCAAUUGUGGAAUGGAUGUACCCACUUGUCUAUGGAGGGAGUGGAACAGUAACUACAGAAGCAUCUCAUGAAUCUGGAUCAUCUUUUCUAAUCGGUGUUCAGAAAGUCAAUUACACGGCAACGGAUAAUAUAAGGCAACGUGCUGUGUGUUCUUUUGAAGUGACAGUUCUUGACAAAGAGUCACCGAGGAUUACAUGUCCUGCCGAUAUAGCAAAGAUGUUACAAGUAGGUAACGACAGCAUUGUUGUUAACUGGGACGCAGCGAAAGCCAGUGACAAUUCUGGGAGUGUGACUGUAACACCUUUUACGAGUAACACGCAUGCGCCAGGGGACUCGUUUGAGGAAGGUUCUUACGCUAUCAUGUACGUGGCAACUGAUGAUGUUGGACUAACUGCUGUUUGCACAUUUAACAUUCUUAUUAGUGGAGCUGUUUGUGACUCUAGCUACUUUGAAUGUCAGCCAUUGUGUUUGUCGAGAGAUCGUUUAUGUGAUGAAUAUCCUGAUUGUGCUGAUGCUGUCGACGAAUCGGAAGAAAUAUGUGGUUCCUGUGCAUCAGAUGAAUUUCGAUGUCCAAAUAGCUCUAGGUGUAUCCCAGAGUGCUUUGUGUGUGAUAGUUAUCCUUAUGAUUGUCUUGAUAAUGCCGACGAAGACCCAACGUUAUGUGCAGAAUUAUGCACAAUAGAUUCAUUAGCUAUACCUGAGCAUGUUAUAGUAAAUGGUGAAGAGUGCAAUUUUGAACCGGGGGAUAAUGCAACAUUUAGUUGUGAAGAAGGAUAUUCAUUGGUUGGUCACGCCACUGACGAAUGCUCUAAAGGAAACAUAAAUUUUCCUAAUUGUUACGCCGACUGUGAGAUGAUUGAUAUAGAAGGGAUUGAUGUCAGUGGAUCAUUUCUGCAUGCUACUCAUGUAGUAUUUUCUUGUGCAAGAGAUGGUUUUGAACUGACGCCAAGAUCGGCCACUAAUGCAACUUGUGUUGAUGGCUUGUACAUCGGGAAUAUUCCUCGAAGCUGUGAAGACAUUGAUGAAUGUACAAGAGGGAUUGCCAAUUGUGACUUACGUGCUGAGUGCCAAAAUACUGUAGGUGGAUUUAAUUGUAUAUGUCCAAGUGGCUACCAACUUAACACUUCAGAUGCAACCGUUUGCGAUGAUAUAAAUGAGUGCUUGAUGGAACCAUGCGCAGAUGAUGGAUCAAUUUGCAUCAACACUGAUGGAAGUUUCACCUGCGCCUGCACUGAUGGAUUUUUUGGAGAUGGAUUCACUUGCCAAGCCGAUUUCUUCUUUCGUUGGGGAAGUGAAUAUGGCGACUACAACUUAAGAGAUGUGGCAACAAAUCAGUUUACAGAGAAGAUCUCUCCAACAAUAAAACCAGCUAACGGGUUUCCUUUCUUUGACGAAUUUUAUUAUAGCUUAUAUUUUACUGAGAAUGGAGUAAUUGUUAUUUCUAAAGAAAAUGAAGUUAAGUAUGGAUUUUCUAACCCACCCACCGGAGGCUUUUAUGAUGGUUAUGAACAUAAAAUUAUCGCACCAUUCUGGGCUGAUACAGACCUUUCUGAUGAUAGAGUUGGCGAUGUAUACUACAAGGUUUACGAGAGCACAGAUCGUACUCGAGUUAGGAGAACAACUGAUCAUCUUGAAAUGUUGUCUGAAGCAUCAAAUCGUACAAGGACAUUUUUAGGAAAUAAUGCACUUCCAAAUAACUACCAAUUUGAAGCAAAUUGGAUGUUGUUGGUCACAUGGGAUCGAGUUCCACAAUAUCCUGUUGAAAAUAAUAUGGACAAGACAGCUACAUUUCAGGCUGCUCUCAUCACGGACGGUAUCUACAGUUUUGUAAUUUUUAAUUAUGAAAUUGGUGGCAUGAAAUGGAAUCCAGACAUUUUAUCUCAGAAGAAUCUGGUGAUAGGUUAUGGAGUAGGUGUAAACGGAGAGCUCGACAAUGCCCACUUAAGCAAUCAGUACUUCCCGACUGAGAAGUCAAGAUAUUUUCCAGAUUCAACCGGCAACACAGGCUUAGAGGGCCAGUGGUUCUUCAGACUUGAAAAUCACAAUGAAAUGACAUUUAACUAUCGACAAUAUUGCAUGGACUGGAGGCUAGACGAAGAUGACAGGUUGUUAUGGUUAGAUAGACUUGGAACUUGCCCUUGUUCUUUACGUCAAGGUUCAAAUGAUCUUGGAUUUGGAAAUGGAAGACGUGGGCGUCGGGGAAGAAGUAUGGAUGCCAAUGGUGGUGGAGGACGACCCCUCUCAUCCAAUCUUCUUAAUGCAAUUGACGACCUGGAUGGAUCUCCAUUUUGCCUUCAAACUCAAGUCUCCUCCGCUUCAGGGGCCGGGAUGAGGUGUUGUUACAGAGGGGACGGGUCACUCAUUGAGGGUUAUGAAAGUGAUGUAUUUGCUAGCAGCUUUGUAGAAAGACACCAGUUUGUUGAAGGACGGUAUUUCAGUUUCUGGGCGUUUGUUUCUUGGUUCUAUGACGAUCUAAUCCCACGAUAUUUUUGCUGUGAGAGGUCAAACGAUCCUUAUUACUGUGACCUUUAUGCGCAAGUGAGACCAAAGGGCACAUGUAGUGGCUAUCUUCCUCCACAUACUGGUUGGAUGUUUGGUGACCCUCACUUGCGAACUCUUGAUGGAUUUGAGUACACUUUUAACGGGCUUGGUGAGUUUAUUCUGGUGGCGGUAGAUGACGUACCGUUUGUGCUUCAAGGUAGGAUGGAAAUUCCUAAAACAGACGACGAAUCGGUUCAGGCAACCGCGUUUACAGCAUUUGCAGCUCAAGAAGGAGAUGCCACAAAGGUACAAAUGACUCUCAAUGCUAAUUCAACAGACUUUGAUAUAUUGGUUAAUGGAAGCUAUUAUAUCAAUAAAUCAAGUCUUGCCGAAGGUCCGUUUGUUCCACCAUCUGAUCCUGGCUUUAUCAUAAGUUUGCCCACUGGAAAUACGACUGGAAAUCGCAUAAUUGCUUCAUGGAUUUCAGGAAUAUCUAUAUCGGUUGGCUUAACAGGACCUGUAUUAGAUGUUGUAUUUUCGGCUCCUGAGAUAUUUAAAGGGAAAACUAAAGGAUUAUAUGGCGUUUGGAAUGACGAUAUAAGCGAUGAUCUGACAUACCCAAACAACACAAUAAUGCCAAUACCGAGUAACCAGUCCUUGUCGGAAAGUUCAGCAUUCGAUUUUGGUAUUACAUGGCGAACAACAAACCAAUCCACUCUAUUCGUGUAUGGUGAUGAUUCAUCAUGGGAAACAUUUAAUAACUUAACAUUUAGGCCGUUAUUCCUGGAAGAUCUAGUGGAAAAGUACGCAAAUACGGCACUAUAUCAAGACGCAGUUGACGCAUGUGGGGAUGACAGCAUGUGUUUGUUUGACGCAUUGGCAACGAAUGAUGUGUCGUUUGGUGUCAGUUCGAAGGCAACUAAUGAAAACAACAACGAAAACGCACAGGAACUAGCAAAUUUUCCACCAAACAUAACUAGUGUAUUUGCGAUUACUCCGGCCGGUUCACUCACUGAUUCAAAUCGGCUGCAUGCUGUUGUCGGAACAUCCUAUACACUUCAAAUCGAUGUCUUUGAUCCGGAAGAUGAUCCUAUAACAUUUGGACUUGAGGACAGCGUACCAGGUGCCGGGAUUGACGAAGAUGGUGUAUUCUCAUGGACACCAGCAAACACUGAUGGUGUGAAGAUUACAUUUAUUGCUAUGGACAACCAAGGAGCUGCAUCAGCCUAUCCACUGGAGGUUAUUCUUUGUGAAUGUCACAAUGGCGGUGAAUGUGACUUCGAUACUCUUGUUGAUGGAUCUGAUAUUCUCAAUAACCAAUUUGCCGUGUCAGAAUGCCAAUGCUUACCUGCAUGGACUGGUAGCAAUUGCAGUGAAGACUACAACGCAUGUCUAGAUCAACCGUGUUAUCCUGGUGUGAUCUGUACUGACGAAGUAGCACCAUCAUCGAAUGCGACUUGUGGCGACUGUCCUGAUGGAUUAGUUGGAUCAGGGUUUAAAUGUUAUGAUUUUGAUGAGUGUAUUGAGGGGGUAGCAUCCUGUGAACAAAUGUGUACCAAUACAUUGGAGUCUUAUACAUGUAGUUGUACAGAUGGAUAUGAUUUGGAUGAUGAUGGCAUUCAAUGUAAUGACAUUGAUGAAUGUGUAUUGAUGACAGACGAUUGCAGUGACAAUGGUAUAUGUGAUAAUAUACCAGGAUCUUACAACUGUACAUGCCAAAACGGAUACAGUGGAAAUGGACAAACAUGCAAUGAUAUAAAUGAAUGCGGAUACAUUGAAAGCCCAUGUGAUGAUAAUGCAGACUGCAGCAAUAUUGAUGGUUCUUAUAUCUGCCAAUGCAUUAAUGGUUAUGAAGGCGAUGGGAAAGCAUGUCAAGAUGUUGACGAGUGCAAUCGUUCACUGGACACAUGUGAUCUGAAUGCUGACUGCUUGAAUACAGAGGGAUCCUUCACGUGUACUUGCUCCUCCGGAUGGACUGGAAAUGGCACUUCUUGUAAAGAUGUAGAUGAAUGUGAAGUUACCAGUACUUGCAAUUCUCGGUCUUCAUGUACCAACACUCCUGGCAGUUUCAUUUGUAGCUGCCCUGAUGGAUUCGCAGGAGACGGAGCAACAUGCAUAGAUAUUGACGAAUGUAGCACUGGUAGCCAUAACUGCUCUGAUGGGGCUAUGUGCCUUAACAAUAACGGCGGUUUUACGUGUCCGUGUAGAGAAGGCUACAAUCUGACUGCCGGGAUGUGUCUAGAUGUUAAUGAAUGUGAAGGGAAUGUGGAUGUCUGUGAUGCAAACGCAAAUUGUGAAAAUACUGUUGGAAGUUUUAUGUGUAUCUGCUACGAAGGAUACGUACAAAAAGAUGGCGCGUGUCAAGAUAUUGAUGAAUGUGAACUUGAUAUUGACAACUGCCAUCAACUGUGUAAUAACACUGAUGGAAGUUUUAUGUGUUAUUGCGGUACAAAUUAUGAAUUAUCAAAUGAUACUGUGUCUUGUGAACCGAUAACUGGCGCAGAGUGUAUAUUUGAUCCAUGUGUCAAUGCAUUUUGCUCCAUGAAUGGAAUGGAUAUCAGUUGUCUUUGUCAACCGGGUUAUGAACAAAUUGAGGGGAACAAUACGCACUGUCAAAAUAUUAAUGAAUGCGUUGUAGGAACUGACAACUGCGAUGAUGCAUACGGGUCGUGCAUUGAUCUGGAUGGAUCCUACAACUGUUCAUGUAACAAUGGCUAUCAACUUAAGCAGGACCAAAGGACAUGUGAAGCCUUAGCCGAUGGGAACCGUCCGUCUCAACAUUUGUGCAUUUUAUAUCUUUAUAUAGAUGUUGACGAAUGUGAUCAUAUUCGGCUAUAUUGUUCUGGAAACGAGACUUGUGAUUAUGAAGUUUGCAGUGACGAUGGCUUUUGCACUAAUACAGACGGUUCUUAUACAUGUGAAUGUUAUGAUGGCUUUACUGGCACAGGUGUAAUAUGUUUUGAUAUCAACGAGUGCUCUGAUACGCCAUGUGAUUCCAUGGCAACUUGUGCUAAUGUUCCAGGGAGUUACGUCUGCACAUGUGCAAAUGGAUUCGAAGGCGAUGGAAUAGCAUGUGAAGAUAUUAAUGAAUGCAACGAGACCAAUAGUUGCACCGAGAAUUCCGAAUGUACAAACAUCCCUGGAUCCUACCAGUGUAACUGUAUUGAUGGCUUUCGUGGAAAUGGAUUUUCAAGUUGUGUGAAUAUUGAUGAAUGUGCUGAAAACACGCACGAUUGCCAUGCGCAGGCGACGUGUAAUGACACUCAAGGGUCGUACUCGUGCUUAUGUAAUGAUGGAUUCAAUGGAACUGGUAUCAUCUGUGAAAAUAUUAAUGAAUGUUCUUUGGGAGAAAUUAAUGACUGCGAUGAAAAUGCUUCAUGUAUGGACUUAAUCGGAUCCUAUUUUUGCACCUGCAAUGAAGGCUUUAUUAACGAAGAAGGUGGAAGUGCAACAUAUGGAAAGUGUACAGAAAUUAAUGUAACAACGAUUGCCGGGCCAACCACGUCAGCAAAUGUAACAACAGUUGAUGGCCCAACCACAGCAUCAGAUUUAACAACGGUUGCCGGGCCAACCACGUCAGCAGUAACAACAGAUGAUGACCCAACCACAGCAGCAGAUGUAACAGAUACCGAUCCAACCACAUUAGCAGAUGUAACAACAGAUGCCGAACCAACCACAUCAGCAGAUGUAACAACAGAUGCCGAGCCAACCACAUCAGCAGAUGUAACAACAGAUGGCGAGCCAACUACAUCAACAGAUGUAACAACAGUUGCGGAGCCAACCACAUCAGCAGAUGUAACGACAGUUGCCGAGCCAGCCACAUCAGCAGAUGUAACAACAGAUGCCAGACCAACCACAUCAGCUGAUGCAACAACACAUGCUGUGUCAACCACAUCAGCUGAUGCAACAACACAUGCUGUGUCAACCACAUCAGCAGAUGUAACAACAGUUGCCGAGCCAACUACAUCAGCAGAUGUAACGACAGUUGCCGAGCCAGCCACAUCAGCAGAUGCAACAACAGACUCCGGGUCAACCACAUCAGCAGAUGUAACAACAAAUUCCAGGUCAACCACAUCAGCAGAUGUAACAACAAAUUCCAGGUCAACCACAUCAGCAGAUGUAACGACAGUUGCCGAGCCAGCCACAUCAGCAGAUGUGACAACAGAUGCCGGGCCAACCACAUCAGCAUAUGUAACAACAGAUGCCGAGCCAACCACAUCAGCAGAUGUAACAACAGAUGCCGGGCCAACGACAUCUGCAGAUGUAACAACAGAUGCCGGGCCAACCACAUCAGCAGAUGUAACAACAGACGCCAGACCAACCACAUCAGCUGAUGCAGCAACACAUGCUGUGUCAACCACAUCAGCAGAUAUAACGACAGGUGCCGAGCCAGCCACAUCAGCAGAUGUAACAACAGCAGGCGAGCCAACUACAUCAGCAGAUGUAACAACAGUUGCCGAGCCAACCACAUCAGCAGAUGUAACGACAUUUGUCGGGCCGACCACAUCUGCAGAUGUAACAACAGGCGGCGAGCCAACUACAUCAGCAGAUGUAACGACAUUUGCCGGGCCAACGACAUCUGCAGAUGUAACAACAGAUGCCGGACCAACCACAUCAACAGAUGUAACAACAGAUGCCAGACCAACCACAUCAGCAGAUGUAACAACAGUUGCGGAGCCAAUCACAUCGGCAGAUGCAACGACACUUUCCGAGCCAGCCACAUCAGCAGAUGUAACAACAGAUGCCAGACCAACCACAUCAGCUGAUGCAACAACACAUGCUGUGUCAACCACAUCAGCACAUGUAACAACAGAUUCCGGGUCAACCACAUCAGCAGAUGUAACAACAGUUGCCGGUUCAACUACAUCAGCAGAUGUAACAACAAUUGAUGGGCCAACCGCAUCAGCAAAUAUAACAACAGAUUCCGGGUUAACCACAUCAGCAGCUGUAACAACAGUUACCGAGCAAACUGCAGCAGCAGAUGUAACAACAGAUAAUAACCCACUCACACAGGCAGACAUAACAAGUGCCGGGCCGACAACAGCAGCAGCAGGUGUAACAACAGUUAAUGCUCGAACCACUAAAGUACCUAUAACAACAGCAGCCAUGCUAACCACAACAGUGGCUGUAACUGCAGUUGUUGAGUUAACAACAUCAGAAAAGCUUGCAACAAGUGAUGGGUUAACCACAACAGUAGAUGUUACAACAGCUGCUGCCUCAACUACAGCAGCAGCUGUAACAAAAGGGGUUAUACCAACCACAGCAGGGGGUAUAACAACAGGUACUAGGUCAACCACCACAGCAGAUGUGACAGCAGUAGAUGUUACAACUACAGCAGAAGCUAUAAUAACAGUGGCCAGGCCAACCACAUCAGCAGAUGUAACGACAGAUGAAAGUUUCGGAGUACAGAUGACGAUAACAAGUAUCGGUGGUCAAGAGGCACAAUAUUCAGAUGAGUUAUCAGAUCGAACCAGUGAUUUGUUUAUAGAGUAUGAGGAUUCGAUAUGUAGUGCUGUUACAAGAAUAUAUGACGAAAGUGAUGAAAUAUCCAGGUCUACCCAAAGUUGCUCUGUUCUGGAAUUUUUGUCUGGAAGCAUAAUUGCAAAUGUUGAAGUAAUAUUUCCUGAAAACACCGCUACUACUGACAACCUUCAACUUGUGCUGACUAAUUCAAUUGAUAAUUCAGGUGGUUCACUACCCAACACAGAUUUCGCAGUUGAUGUUUCUUCAGUUACUGUUGAACAACGAGUUACUUGUGAAACUGAUUAUUGCGAAAAUGGGGGAACUUGUGAUGACAGUGAACAACCACCGAAAUGCGCAUGUCAAGAAGGCUACAAUGGCAACAAGUGUCAAAACAAAAAAACGGAUACGGUGAUUUACAUAAUCAUUGGUAUUUCUGCCUUUAUUGUAUUGGUGCUGCUUACCGUUUUCAUUGCCUUCAUCAUAUCUGUGGUUAACAAACGUCGAAGACAUCAAAGCGACUUGUUUUAUAAAACGUCGUUUCGUGACGAUGACACAGCAUCCGAGUCCUCCGAAAAGAUGGCUCAUUACCAAAAUAGAAUCUUUUAUACCUCAGAUCGAGAUGAUGAUGGGUAUAACAGUUUUAGAAGCUAUAGUAGAAAUAUAAUGCGGCCUUAUGUUGUAUCAGGAACUGAAGGCAUGGGUCGUUAUUACACCGAAGGAAGACCAAAUAAUGGUGAUGGCGUUGUGUGGGAUAGUUACCAAGGGAAGAAUUUCAACCGACAUUAACUCGUCAACAAAUUGUGAUAAGCAGUCAUGGUGUAUAGUAAACGAAGUGACUCAUUUGUUGUUUGAGGAUCUGAAUUGUAUUUACAUAAAUUAAUAUUUAACUGUUUGUUCAGUCAUGUUUUGUGUUUAACAAUUGUUAAUCCUAUUUAAGUAUUUUACUACCGACCGGUCACGUCUAUUUGGUGUUUUUAAUAUUACAAUAAAGUAACGGAAGGUUUAUUUAACUUUUCAAUACUACUUGCAAAACUUAUAUUACAAGUAUAUAUAUUUUUAAUUCCAUGCUUCAUAAUUAUGAAAGCACUAUGUACAGAACAUUUCGAGAUUGUGUAAUGAAGAACUGCGAGUUAGAUUCCGAGAGAUAUACUGUAAUAGUAUAGGGCCAAAUUUGGAUAUUUCUUCCAAUAUUGUUUUUUAAUCAUCAAUAUCGAUAAAAACAUCAGGCCUAUGGAACUUUCUAUUAAAACAUCUACAGGACUAGGCUAGGCCUUACAUCAAUGUUUAAUGGAGAAAUAUCGAGAUUUUAAUGAAACGUCAAUCACGAUAAAACAAUUAUAUUCUA